AUUAGUUAUACCCUUCCCAGUCGAGUCGGCCAGUUCACAGAGGACGGGGAGAGAGGGAGAGAGAGAGAGAGAGCGAGCGAGCGAGCGAGCGAGGGAGGGAAAAAAGACAAUGGGAUCUUUCUUCUCCAGCCUCCUAGGGGGAUCCGGCGGCGAGGGAUCGCCGGAGAGCAGUCACGUCCAGGCGUUCCACUCCUCGGCCCGGUGGCAGCUUCAUCUCAAUUCCCUCAAGGAGAGCCCCAAAUUGAUGGUGAUUGAUUUUGCGGCGACAUGGUGCGGCCCCUGCAGGACCAUAGAGCCCCACAUUCACGGCCUGGCUGAUAAGUACGCCGACGUCUCCUUCGCCAAGAUCGACGUCGAUGAGUUACCUGAUGUGGCACAGGAGUUUAAGGUGCAGGCGAUGCCAACCUUCGUGCUGAUGAAGGGAGGGAAGGAAGUGGACAGGGUGAUCGGAGCCAAGAAAGACGAGCUCGAAAAGAAGAUCGUCAAGUAUCGCGCCACUUCUUGAACAAAGACAACGAUGCAAUCCCCUUGUGUGCAUUUGGGAAGUCCCUGUAUAACUUCUUCUCGGUCGUCUUUUCUUCUUGGCCUUGAACCCUUUGGGGUGUGUGUCAGUUUGUAUCGGUCUUCUUUGAAUGGUUAUAUAAUAAGACUUGGGUUUCUUGGUAUCACACUCUCUCAAUUGUAGAAGUUUCACUGUCAGUUUGUUUUCUGGAAUGAAUGCCUCUUGGGUUUUUGCUGCUUAGUUUCUUCUAUGAUUGAAAAAGAUCAUUUUGGGCUUGUAAAUAACAGAACUUCAGGCAUCAGUUGUCAUAAGAUGUUAAGGGACAAGUAUCAGUGAGAA